AUGACCGCCCCAUCGCGGUCGUUACGGCCCAUCCAGAAACGCACAGUCGUCCUCGAGGCCCGGCAAUCGAGUCCACCUCGAGACGGCAAUGGCGGCGGAGGCGGAGGCAGCAACACCAUUCUGAUCAUUUGGUUCCCCAAGGGUCCUUUACUGAUAUGCUUGUCCCCAGGUCGCGGUAGCAGUCGUCGCCCUUAUCAUUAUCCUCACCCUAACGUGGACAUACCUCCGCCGCAAACGUGCCCGGGGUCAGACACCGUGGAUCAUCCUGGCUUUCUCAAGAAGCGCUGGGAGGCCUGGAAGCCCCGCGAAAAAUACUCUUCUCUCAACAACUCGACACGGACCAGCCUCAACGUAAACACUACGUACAGCGCCCACGAGACCGAAGAGCGAGCUGCUACUAAUGCCGCGGCGGCCGGCGUCGAUCGGAACACUUCCGUGCGCUCGGUGAUGACGCUGCCCGCCUACUCGCACUCCCCACGAGACGAGGAGCAAGUUUUGGGCCGUGAAGGAGAGCGUGAGGGAAUGGACACAGUUGUCGAGUUCCCGGAGACCCACGAUGAGGAAGAGAUACGGCGGGAGGAACAGAUGGAGUCGUUGUAUCAGAUCCGGCUGCAACGGCGGCGAGAGAUCGCGGAGCGGGAGGCACGCAGGCAGGAGCGGAGGGAGGCUCGGGAAGCUGGCGAUACUGCCCGACUGGAGCAAUUGCGGCGUGAUUCGCGGGCGAGAGCGAACAAUCAGAGCACCAACUCGCUCAACGGCGGACUGAGCGUCUCAGCUGCGACGAUGGUCGCAGAGCACCAGUCUCGUAGUCGGGAUCGCAGGACCUCGAGUGUGGCGUACGCAAAUGUAGGGCAAGUGCGCCAUGACGGGACGCGAAUACGCGCGAACAGUUCCGAAUCGGAGCGUGGUGGGUUGUUAGAUAAUGCGGCACCGAUGGGCGAUGAUGGAAACUCACUACAUCCAUCGAUGACCACAGGACGACCUUCGACUGGCCGCGAACGAUCCGGGUCCUCGGCUUUGAGUAUCUCCACAAUGGCAUCGGACGUUGAGAGAGGCGACGCUUCGUCACACCGGCACACCUCCUCCGACGACACAACCUCGGACUCCUCUCCAACAGCGACUCGCUUUACGCCUGAGGGUAGCACAGAAGGGGAGAACGAUAUCGGCGAGGCUCGCAUCCCACCUCCAUCGACUUCCAUCACCACGACUGACAUCGCCAACAACAAUACCGACUCGCCGAUGUCCCCGCCUCCAGGCUGGGAAGCACCUCAAGAUUGGGGUGAUGCUCCGGCAUACCAGGAGCGGAUGGCGUCGCUGCGGCGGCAAGCUACAGGUCCCAACAGGACUAACAGCCAGCGUGCAUUCGACGAGAUGAGUCGAGCUUCCACGAUCGAGCCGGCUGGAGCAGCGAGUGGCAGCGCACCGCAGCUGCCGGCCUUGGUGAACCUGCCAAGUAUCAGUGUUGUGGGAGCGAGUCUGCCUGGAAGUCCGGUCAGCCCGUUGGAAGGGGACAGCGGGAGAAGCAGUAGAAGUCCGGUAGGACGAUCGAGAAUGGGUGGGAACGAGGAAUUCAUGUCCUGA